AUGGAGACCAGGGAGGACAAAUCCCAAGGGCAGAACCUUGUGGAAGAGGCCAUUUUGAGUGGCUCCACUGUGCAGGAAUCCAAUGGGAAGGAAAAGCCCCAGAGAUCCGGCAAGAGGAGGGCUUCCAAACCCAUCCCAGGGUGCUUGGAGAUGGGAAGACCCAGCCUGUGCCAGGAAGAUGGACAGAGCUUCAGCCAGAGCUUCCACCUGAUCCAGAACCAGAUGAUCCAAACUGGGGAAUGGCCCUAUAAGUGUGGGGAAUGUGGGAAGGGCUUCAAGAACAACUCCACCCUUGUGACCCACCAGUGCAUCCAUACCGGGGAGAGGCUCUACGAGUGUGCAGAGUGCAGGAAGAACUUCCGCCAGAAAUCCCUCUUGAUCCGUCACCUGAAGAUCCACAGCACAGAAGGGCCCUACAAGUGUGAGCAAUGUGGGAAGAGCUUCAGCCAGCGAUCCCACCUGAUCUGCCACCAGAGGAUCCACACUGGGGAUAGGCCCUGCAAGUGUGAGGAAUGUGGGAUGAGCUUCAGCCAGAUCUCCAGCCUGAUCAUACACCAGAGGAUCCACACUGGGGAGAGGCCCUAUAAGUGUGGGGAAUGUGGGAAGGGCUUCAGGCAGAGCUCCGGCCUGAUCCGCCACCAGAGGAUCCACACCAGGGAACGGCCCUACAAGUGUGAGCAAUGUGGGAAGAGCUUCAGCCAGAACUUCCACCUGAUCUGCCACCAGAGGAUCCACACUGGGGAGAGGCCCUACAAGUGUGGGGAAUGCGGGAAGGGCUUCAGCCAGAGCUCCAUCCUGAUCCGCCACCAGAGGAUCCACACCAGAGAACGGCCCUACCAGUGUGAGCAAUGUGGGAAGAGCUUCAGCCGAUACUCCCACUUGAUCCACCACCAGAAUAUCCAUGCUGAGAAAAGGCCCGACAAGUGUGGGGAAUGCAAGAAGGGCUUCAACCAGAAGUUCCAUCUGGCCAUCCAUCAAAAGAUCCACACUGGGGAGAGACUUGACAAGUGUCCCAAG